GAGUCCAUGCUAACCACGGAAUGAUUCGAAUUGUCGACCCGAUGCGCACCUAUAUACCGUGGGGUGCACGUCUGAGAUACACAAGACGACCUGGCCAUCAUCAUCCUCAUCAUCCUCAUCAUCCUCCCGCUUUUGAUGGUGUUAUCCAUCGCCUCGGUGUACAAGAAAAGAAGGAACAGCUAACUGAACAAGUAGCAAAAGGAAUGCAAUAUCUUACGGAAAUUGGACAAGUUGUUACUAGCGCCUUAGCAAACUUUGGUAUCGAUGCAAGUUAUGAAGUGCAAGUUGAAGAGGAUAAGAAGAAGAAGGAGCAGGAAAAGAAGGAAAACUCGGAGGAAAAGAAAGAAGAGAACAAGGAAUUAAAGUCUGAAGCGCCUGCUGAAGAGAAAAAGGAGGAACAAGCUGAAAACGAAAAUGCUGCUGAAACUCCAGUACUGGAUAAUGAUGUGAAGGAGAAGCAUAAGUGUGACAAGCGGCAUUCCCCUCCCCGUCCUGUUCCGUCCUUUAAAGCGUUCCCCAACCUACAAUCUGCUGAAGCAGAAUAUCGUCAAGCCAGCGCGAAAACAAAGACCGAAGAACCACCGAAGAUAUCAGAGAAUCGUCAAGAGCAGGACGCUGAUAUGAAAAAACACAGACACAACCCCACUCAUGGGGCAGACGGUAGGCCACCAUUGGGGUUUAGCUCCUGGCGAGCGGGAUACUCGUACAGGACUCCUGUUAGCUAUGAUCGUGACUAUCGUGAUUACGAUCGUUACGAUGAGAAACGUUUUGCACGAAACGCUUGCGAUGAGCCGAAACGUGCACGAGAAGCCGGUUUUGAGCCGAAAAGACGUGAUCGUCAUAGACCAUGGUCAUGGUAUUCACGUGAGGAAGAAGCGGCUCCUUCUAGAAGAGGUGGACGCCAC